CUGCCGGUCGACCGUCACUCAUCCGUCUUUACGGCAGGGCUCGCCUUCUAUCGCUGGCUUCCAUGACGACAAGCUAGAACCGCGUUUAUCAGCUCAACAAGCCGGUUAGCCCUUGUCGGUGAGCUAGCGGUUGCGCAAAACAAUGGGUUGACGCGGCCCAAAAAACUAUUUGGACGAACUACGCAGCAUCUUAGCAUGCUAGGCUAACGACGAGUCACAUUGAUUUUGCAGGGAGGCUAGCAGUAGGAGCUAAAGGCUAACCCAGGCUAGUCUUCACCUGCUGGCUGUUCUAGCUAACUGCGCCUCUUCGGGGAUGGAACGCGUCAAGGAACACGAGUUCAGGGCUCUUUCAACUUCGCAAACACCUCAGUGGACGCCGGAGUGUAAUAAUGACGGCGCUCACCCGAAACCCAGCGGAUUGACAGCAUUAUCUACUGGAAAACGACCAUCCAUCGGGGAAGAUGAGGGUGGAGGCGCUGAAGCAAAACUAUUAGGGAAGGGGAUCGCGGCCACCUCCCUUCUCCAGAUCGCCAUCAGGAAUGGGAUCUACCAAAACCAAGUUGCUAACGCUAUCAGCAGCGGGGCCAAAAAUAUCAACAUGCCGUCGGCGAAGACGGGUAACAUUUACAAUAUUUCGUCCGUUAACAGCAGCACUUCCACCAACUCAUUGCUAAGCAAGAGACGCCAGCGCCACAAGAGGAAUUUGUCGCUAGGUUGCCCGCCUACCGGCUGCUCUCCCGGCGUGUCCCCAGUGGAGGCGGCCAGUCCUGCUCCUUCAGUCUCUCCGCUGAGCACCCUUAGUCUCGAUAGGAAAACGUUCCUGAGGCAGAAGCAAUCAAAGCAGCUUCAGGCCUCGGAUAAGGGAUGGGUGACAUUGGACCUUAAAAGGGGCUGUAUUCACGUCCACGACUGGCUCACGCCCUCUUACCCGCGGCCGGUGCUUUGCACUGAGGAUACUACGGCUGCACAGGUGGUCAGCAAGCUGCAAGCAAGUAAAGCCGAGGCUGUCUUGAGAAUCAAUUGUGAUACUACUGCUACUCAUAUUUUUUGCAAAGAUAAUAAUGGACAGAUUAAUGACUUAAGUAGUGGUAGAUCAGAUCUUAAAGAUGUUAAAACGAACGAAAACGAAGCCGUGCAAUCUAACAGUCAGACAAAACUACAUUAUUUUGAUGCCAACCACUUUUUAGAUGGAAAAACUGCAAGUAACUCCUCUUCAGAGGUUUGCCUCAAUGACAUUGGUGUGGAAUUGAACUUGAGUGCGGCUGACUGUUACGGUGCACACUCUGGAUCAGAUAUGGAAAAUAGUACUUGUGAGGAGUUCAGCCUCGGGGAACCCAAAAGUACACUGCAACAGGACUCACUUAGCGAAGGCACAGGGUUGGGUACGGACUCAUCAGCUUUGAGCCCAAAUUGUGACAGUGCCACAGAGGGACCUGACCCAUUUGAAAGCUCUUCUGAUGAACUCGACUUCACCACCUCUCCAACACAUUCUGCGGACCCCCCCUCAAAUUCUCCAGACAAAUUGAAAAGCACGUCAGAUGAUGCCAGUGGGGCUGUUUGUAGUGACAUCAAAGAUUCACCUAAACAAAUGAAACAUCCCUCCAAAUGUUGCGGCAGCUCUCAGACUCGGCCCCUGAGCAACCAAGCAUCAGUGCAGCCUGACCCUGAGAUCCAGGCAGGAAGGAGAGGAUGGCUCGAGCCAAUCAAUACUAGCCCAACUCCAGCUCUCUUUGUCCAGCUGCAUGGGGGAAUUGUGCGACGUCUACAAGAUGAUGAGAGGCCUCUACAAUUAUUGAAUGAGUACCUUACUAAUUUGGGCUUUGAAGACCCAUGGAGGGUGCAGGAGGAGGGAAUGAAUCCAGGCAUUGGCAGCCUAAUUCGCUUCUACUUUGGUAAGCCUCGAAGUGUUGGAGGUUUAGAUCGUGUGCAGCUUUCUGGAGUGUUCAACGUGCGUAAAGGGAAGUUGGUACUGCCAGUAAACCGCUGGUCAAAACGCCAGGUCACACUGAGUGGCACCUGCCUUAUUGUGUCAUCUGUGAAACACGCCAACAUGGGCAAGAUCCACAUACUCCCUCUUAUUGGAGGAAAGGUGGAGGAGGUGAAGAGACACAGCCAUUGUUUGGCGCUUAGCUCUGUUGGUCCCCAGAGCCAGACAUACUAUAUCAGCUAUGAAUCCUACACUGAGUACCUCCGCUGGCACAGAACAGCCUCAAAGAUUGUGUCCCAGAGGGUGAAUUCUGUUGACCUGUCAUGUUGCAGUCUAGAGGAAUUACCUACGCAGCUGUUUUACAGCCACGAUCUUACACAUCUCUAUCUCAAAAAUAACUUCAUGUCCUUGCACAAAGGGAUUCCAGCACUUACCAGGUUUUGUAAACUGAGAACUCUCAGUUUGUCAAAUAAUGCACUCCCUGAGUUCCCUCUGGCCUUAUGUGACCUUCCUUCACUGACUGAACUCAACUUGUCAGGAAAUUGCCUUUCAUCUCUUCCUGUGGAAGUUGGAAACAUGUACAGCCUGCAGACACUUCAUCUCGACGCAAACCACCUGAAUUCAUUGCCUGCCGCACUGGGGUCCUUGGAGACUUUGGGCUACCUUGGCUUGACUUUCAACUGUUUCACUUGCAUCCCCACUGUCCUCGAAAAGAUGAGAGACAUGGAGAGACUGUGUCUGGCAGGAAACCAAAUCUCUGUCUUAGACGUGGAAAGACUGCAGUGGUUGUCCACUCGCCACAUAGAUCUCAGGCUGAACCGACUUCUACGUGUGAUCGUGGAUGACAUGAAGCAGCUAGUACACAUUGUACAGCUGGACUUAAGGGAUGCUGGUCUACAGGAGCUGGAUGUAAGACCUCUCUGUAAGCUGGAAGUUCUCCACUGUGACAGAAACCGCCUCUCCCUCAUUAGAGUCAGUGGGCACACCCUCAAAAGUCUGCAUGCAGCACACAAUGAACUAAAAGAAGUGGAAGUGGACUCUGUCCCAGAGAAUCUGACUUUUCUGGAUUUGUCCUGGAAUAAGCUCGACGUCAUCCCUGAUUGGGUGUAUGAAAACAGGAGACUGGAACUUUUGGACAUUAAUCAUAAUUCUGUGACUGAGCUGCCCAUACGGUUGCUAUCAAGUGAGCGCCUAAGAAAGCUGCUGGCUGGCUGGAAUGCUCUGAGCCACCUGGGUGAGACUCUGGAGAGAUCACAGCUAGAAAUAUUGGACCUUCAGCACAAUUUUCUAAUGGAGCUCCCAAACGACCUCUUCAUCAAAGCCCACAACUUGCGGUAUCUUAAUGUAUCAGCCAACAAGUUGGAGAGCCUUCCCGUUGCAAGCCUAUCGGAGGACAAUUUAAGUAGCCUUGAAGAGCUCUAUGUGACCAACAACAGUUUGACUGACAAGUGUGUCCCUCUCCUGACUGGACAUGGGCGCCUCCGAGUUCUUCACCUCGCUUACAACCAGCUGCAAACAUUUACGGCCAGUAAACUGGCCCAACUGGAGCAUCUGGAGGAACUAGACUUGAGUGGCAAUGCACUGAGAACUGUGCCCACGACCAUCUUAAACUGUCGGUGUCUGCAAACGCUCUCUGCGCACUCCAACUGCAUCAACUCCUUUCCGGAGGUCCUACAGCUGCCUGAGAUCAAGUGUGUCGACCUGAGCUGCAAUGAGCUGUGUGAGAUUACUCUGCCAGAGUCACUACCCCCAAAACUUCAGGAGCUGGAUCUCACUGGAAAUCCCCGCCUCAACCUGGACCACAAAAGCUUGGAACUUCUGAAUAAUAUUCGGUGUUUGAGGGUGGAUCCUUCCCCCUCUGCUCCCAGCGCAAGUGAGUGUCAUGGAUCCCCUGCAGUCUGGAGCCACGGAUACACAGAGGCCUCUGGAGUCAAAAACAAUUUAUGUGUGGCGGCUCUUGCCCAGGACACAUUCUGCGGAGUCCGUGAAGCACUGUAUGGGGUUUUUGAUGGUGACAGAAAUGUUGAGGUGCCCUACCUGCUGCAGUGCACCAUGGGAGAUGUUUUAGCAGAGGAGCUCCAAAAGACCCCGAGACAAGGAGACUACAUGACUAACACUUUCCUCACCAUGCAACGGAAACUAGGCACUGCAGGACAGCGGAUGGGUGGAUCGGCAGCGUUAUGUCACAUUAGACAUGACCCUGUGCCUCCUGGUGAACAUGGUGGCUGCUUCACCCUUAAGGCUGCCAAUGUGGGCAGAUGCCAAGCCGUUUUGUGCCGAGAUGGUAAAGCUAUGCAACUCUCCGCGGUCCACACCGUCAAAGAAGAGCUGGAGUGCCAGAGGGUCCGACAACAUAAUGCCAUUAUCACAGAGGACAAUAAAGUCAGCGGUGUAACUGACACCACCAGAAUUAUGGGAUAUUCCUUCCUGUGCCCGUCCGUUACCCCCCGGCCACACAUCUCCACGGUGACGCUCACCCCACAGGAUGAGUUCUUUCUCCUAGGCAGCCCAGGCUUGUGGGAGAUGUUAUCUCCGGGAGAAGCGGUGGAAGCAAUCAGGAAUGUUCCCGACACGCUGGCCGCCGCCAAGAAGCUCGUAACUCUGGCUCAGAGCUACGGCUGCUCUGACAGCCUGAGCGCUGUCGUUGUCCAGCUCAGUAUCACUGAAGACUGCUGCUGCUUUUGCGAGCUGCUGCCACCACCACCUCCUAGUCCGGGUUUGGGGGCGCACACCCUAGCUCACCCUUACAUGGGAGGCGGCGACAUGUCAUUGCCGCCUGCCUCGUCGGGAACAGUCAGCGAGCUGAGCAGUGAGUUCAGCGCAUCGGAAAUGAGCAGCGAGGUGGGCUCGACGGCAUCCUCGGAAGAUCCGCCGCCCCAAACUGAGCCCUCGCCCAUCCAGACCAACGCGGCGGGGCGAACCGGCGUACGCCGGAUUGCUCGCGGAAGCUUCAGGAGGCAGUUCUCCGGAGCGCUGUCCGACAACGGGCUCGACAGCGAGGACGAGGAGCCAAUUCCGGGGGUGUUCUCGAACGGCAGUCGCGUGGAGGUUGAGGCUGACGUCCACAGCCGACAUGGCACGGCGCCGCAAACGGUCUGUCAUUCACACUCCGGUACGAAUGUUCCUCAUUCCAUCAUUGCCAAUCUUGACCCUUUGCCUACCCCCAACUCGAACGCCCCUCCUCCCAUCACACCAUCAUCCCCCUCCCUCGGCGGGGAUACCCGAUGGAACUCUCUGAGCCGUAGAGCUAGAGCCAACGGUUCUGUCGCGUGCCAAGGCAGGAACCAGGACCUCAUCGAAGAGGCUGCAGAUGCCCCAGUCAAGAAGCAAGGGGGCUACUUCAAUGCUCCUGCUCAGCCAGACCCAGACGACCAGCUGAUCAUUCCACCGGAGUUGGAGGAUGAAGUGCGGCAGAUCAUCCAACAGCAGCAAAUGGAGACUCAGAACCAGCAAGCGCCCAACUACCAAAAGCCCGCAGACUAUUUCAUCACACCACUCUAAUCUUUUUCCUUUAUUCUACCACAGGGUGUCACUUUCUCAUCUAAUAUUGUUGUUACAGCAUUCUUUUGCACUGCUUCCUCAAAGGAUUCAGAUUUGUAUGGACCAGAGACUGUUUCAAAUAUAUAUAUUUACUCUUUUCUACUGUUAACUUUGUGCCCAACAAAAUGCAGUGCCGUUUUCAUAUAACACAUCUGGCACAUUCGUUAAUUUAAAAAAGCACUGUUGAAGAAUUGUUUUGGAAGUACAAUUUGGAUUUAACUUUUUUGAAUCUUUUGUUAGGGCACCAUAAGAACCACAGUGUUCUUUUGGAGAUGCUCAAACUUCAUGGCUUUUGAUCUUUCCGUUGUCAGAGUUAGUCAAAUGUUAACUAACUCCUAGGAGUUUAAUACUUUAAGUGACCUAGCCACCGAUGUGUGCUAAUGUUCUCUGAGAGAAAAAAUAUUUCAAGAGGCUGUUCUUCCAUGUUUGUGUUCUCUGAUGUGUGCUGCAGUGGUGAGUGUUGAACGCGAGGGUCCGUACUGUUCUAACCAGCCCUUUGAAUGUGAUAUGAACUGUUAUGCAUUUCAACUGCACAAGAAAGUUACUUUUGCUAAAUAAAUUUAAGUUUUCAGAUAAGUUUUGUUUUUAAUAUUCAUGAUCAAUCAAAGGUGUCAAAGCUUACAUCCGUGAAAACUGAUUCCCUAUUGGUUCAAGCAGCAAACCACUAUAAUAAAAUGUGCUUUUAACUAAAUGCUGACGUUAGCAUAGGCAUGAUCAAAAUGUAAACAAAGUACAGUACCAGUACUAGGUGUGACAAAAUAUCGAAAUGGUAAUAUAUCGUGCUACUUUGUUUCCCAAAAGGUUAUCGAUCUGCUCCUGCCAAGAAUCGAGAUAUCGUUUUAAAAAGGUGUCAAUGUCUUAAAUUUUUUUUAAAAAAGCAAUCAACAAGUUGCUACAAGAAUCUUCCAUCACAAUAGUGUCUCAGUUAACUCUAAGGCUGCAUUGACAGUGCUCGACGCCCCAUUCCGUUUAGACUGGGAACGUUUGUUCAUUCGAAACCAGAGAAUUCAGUCAUUCUGUCCGAUUUUAGGGCAUUUACAGGUGACUUGCUGUUCAUUUUAGGGCAAUUACGGGUCAUUUCCUGUUGAGUUUGAGUCACUGCCUAUUCAUUUGGGUAUUU